AUGCCACACACGUGACUAACUCCAACAUGUUCAAGAAGUUUCAUCAUAAAGAAAAUGUGUCUGCAGUCAAUCAAGUGAAGUCCUCCGUGCAUAGAGGCAUCAGGGCGCAGCUGCUUGAGUGCUAUCCUGCUCUCCGUGAACACUUGGACGAGAUCCUGCCGAAGAAGGAGCCGCUCAAGAUCGUGAAAUGUCAUGAUCACAUUGAGAUGUUAUCUGUUAACUCAGAGCUGCUGUUUUAUCAUCAACGAGAUGGACCGUAUAUGCCAUCACUUCGAUUAUUACACAAAUAUCCUCACAUAUUACCUCAUGUGCAAGUGGACAAGGGAGCCAUAAGGUUCGUAUUGAGCGGAGCAAACAUUAUGUGUCCAGGUCUCACGUCACCCGGUGGCCGAAUGGACGUUGUAGGCAAAGAUCAAGCCGUGGCAGUUAUGGCGGAGGGGAAAACACAUGCACUUGGAGUUGGUGUGAUGAAAAUGUCAACAGACGAGAUCUCCCAAGUGAAUAAAGGAAUCGGAGUGGAGAACGUCCACUUUUUAGGUGAUGGAUUGUGGCUAAUGGAGAAGCUAGAACAGCGUUAAUUAAGUCGAUUGAUAUUAAACAGACAACAUUAAUGUAAGACUUGAUAUAUUGAUGUUUCUAUUCAUAAUGUCA